AUGUUCAAACUCUCUCCCUCAGCUGCGCAAGCUGCCAACCAGUCUUGCCGUCCAGAAGGCCGUGAUGGCUUCGAGAUCGCUAUAAUCUGCGCAUUAACUAUCGAGCGCGAUCCCAUCGAGGCGCUUUUGGACGAGGAGUAUGAGACUGAUGCUUUCUCUUAUGGGAAAGCUGAUGGAGAUCUUAAUAGCUAUACCACAGGUCGAUUAGCCAACCAUCAUGUGGUCAUUGUGUACAUGCCAGAAGUCGGCAUAACUAGCGCUGCAGCAGUUGUUGCCAAUCUCCGAUCCAGUUUUAGGAGGAUCAAGAUUGGCAUCCUCGCGGGUAUAUGUGGCGGUGUUCCGAAAACGUCAAGCGAAGCAGAGAUCGUCUUGGGGGAUGUCAUUAUCAGCACAUCAGUAAUUCAAUUCGACAAUGGCAAGCAGUAUCCCAAUAAAUUUAUCCGAAAGCACACUCUUGGGCGAUCGAAUCGCGAAAUUGGUUCGUUUGCUGGGAAGCUCUCAAGCACUCGCCGUCGAACAAGAAUCAGAGAUAAGAUUAGUCAUUUCUCUUCCCAGCUAUGGGACAAAGACGAAUUCCGCGACUCAAGUUACCCUGGACCAAUGAGCGAUAUUCUGUACCCAGCUGAAUAUCGUCAUAAACACCGACAGCAGCCAUGCGGCGUGUGCGAUGGCUGUGUCAAUCAGAAUGAUGAAGUUUGUGAAAUAGCUCUGCGCAGCACUUGCAGAGACUUAGGUUGUGGCAUUGAGACACAGAUAACACGCGACCGUAUACAGGCAGCAAAGGGUAUUGCUCCCAACGGAAGCCGGACAACUGAGGCAGAUAUUCAAGAGGCGAGAAAGCCUCGUAUUCACUUUGGUCCGAUAGCGUGCAGUAACCAAGUGAUGAAGAGCGCCCAACACCGGGACAAAAUAGCCGGAGAAGAGAAAGUGAUUGCUUUUGAGAUGGAGGGUGCUGGUACAUGGGAUUAUGUACCAACCCUUGUGAUCAAGAGCGUGGCUGAUUAUGCAGACUGUCACAAAUCAAAGGAAUGGCAAGGAUAUGCAGCAAUCACGGCAGCGGCAUGUACAAAGGCGGUCCUGGCCGAAUGGAGAAGUACGGACUCGGUCACCGAAUAUCGCACAACUGAGACCCUUAUCGCGUUUGAGAGACUUGAUCCAGUCAAUCACCAGGAAACACGAACUUCCCGGGAGAGUGUGGCCCAUGGACCCGGAUAUUACAUUUCUACCAAAGACGCAGAUGCUUCGUUUCAAGAAAUUCAAGGUAGAAGCCGGGCAGCGAUUAGUCAGUGCAAUGAGGAGAUACAGAGGAGUCAACGACAACGUGAGAGUCAAUCAACACAGAUGAGGAACCUCGAUGUUGAGAUUACAACCAUUGGUCAAGCCUUUUUCGUACUCCUCGGCGCUGUGUCUCCAGUGGGCAGCCUUCUUGUUACUGCAUUCAUGAAGUACAUGAAGGUUCUCUUAGGCUCAAGUAGGAUCCUGGGCGCGAUGACCGAGGCGACAGAAUCCUCUUUGCAGUCACUCCUAGUCUCUGAGGGAGAGGCUGAAGUUGUCAAGGAGGCUGUUAUUGAAGAGGUUGGAUGGCUAGAAAAAGUGGCAAUGCUGGAUCACCACAAUUUCGAAAUUGACAAUUCCCUCUCCCAAGGAGUUUUCGAAUAUUCGCUCCUCGAGGGUGUGUCUAUCAGAAAAGAAGCUGAUGAUUCAGAUAUUUCGAGUCGCCAGGCCCAGGGCAAGGCUCUCCAUGGCACGGAUACGCAAGCCAGCCGAGACGACAGCAACUUAAUCCACAUUUCGGCGAGAAAACUGUCACAUCAAGAGGGCCACGUUGCUUUCAGGUCAGACCAAACAUCUGUGCAGCCCAGGUUUGACCCCAAGGCAAACCAGGACACGCAUGAUGAGACCAAGACGAUUCCACAUUGUGAUAAAAUCGCCAUUCUUCAAGAGGCGCACAGCCAGCUAGCGGGGUGCCUAGAGCAGAUAAAAGUCGAGAUUGCAGCUAAUGAACAUGCUCUGGAAGCCGAGAAGAGGAGGAUUUUAGAGCUAGAGAGGGAGGUUGAAAGACUCAACAAAGAAAGAAACAGCCGUUGGUUCAACUGGUGUGUGAUUCUGUAA